UUUCCCAAUUUGUACGGAACCCUUCUUAAAAGGGAAAGUGUAGAAGAAAAGGAGGCUUGGAAAUUAGGGUUAGGGUUUUCUGAAGAAGAAAGAAUGGAAGGAAUAACAGAAGGAGUGAACAACAUGACUGUCUCAGCUGACACUCCAAAGAAGAACAGAAUCCAAGUUUCUAACACUAAGAAAUCCCUUUUCUUCUAUGUUAACCUCUCCAAGAGGUACAUGCAACAGUACAAUGAAGUGGAACUCUCUGCUCUUGGGAUGGCUAUUUCGACAGUGGUUACCAUUGCUGAAAUUCUCAAGAACAAUGGAUUCGCCAUUGAGAAGAAGAUAAGGACACUCACAGUGGACAUGAGGGAUGAACCAGGAGCCCGACCAAUACCAAAAGCAAAGAUUGAAAUAGUGCUGGGCAAGACUGAGAAGUUUGAUGAGUUAAUGGCUGCAGAAGCAGAGCAAAAUGGGGACAAUGAGGAGCAGAACUGAUCAUCACCACAUCUGCUCUCUUUCUGGAUGAUUAAAGUAUCCCAAGCUAUACUGCAUUCAGCUGUGGGGAUCUCUGUGGUCUUUGAUUAGAGCUGUUGUCUAUGGCAUUCUUAAUCUGUUGGAAAGGCCAAAAAAAAAAAAAAAAAAAAGGAUGAUUUACUUUAUAAUUCAUUAUUUGUUAAAUGUGUUUGCUUUUGCUUGCUUAUCUAAGUUGGUGUUGGGUGUAAACAUCUUACUGCUAUCUUGAUUUUAAGUGAUGUGGUAUCAAUUGCACCUGUUAGUUUA